AUGAUUAAGUUUUGACCAUUUAAUCGAAUACUACGUGAAAAGAAAAUGUUAGGACAGAAGGAGUAUUAAAUAUUAACACAACUUUCUUUCUUUCACCUUUCUUUGGGAAGACAUUUAGUCAACAACCAAAAACGAUAUGAAAAUGCAACCCCCACUCCCAUAGUCUCACUUUCCUUCCAUUAUUAUAACAUUUCUCAUUUCUUGAAUUGCUAGCUAGCUCCAUCCAAGCUCUACAACCAUGGCUGCCAUUAAGAGUAAGCGGAGCGGUCAAAUUCCGGCGUUUGGGGAAUGGGAGGCGGCGGACCGCCUCCCCAUCACACAGUGCUUUGGGAACGCCCCGCAGGCCAGCCUCAGCGGCUAUUCCCGUGAAAGUGCAACCGCCGUGGUCGCCUCUCAUUUCCGCCUACCGCCGCCGCCGUCUCCUGCCGCGGCGGAUAUCUUUCUUCCUUCAUCAAAGAUGAAGAGAUACUCCCUAGGUGGUAGGGCUCAGCCAAGAAAGCCGGACCCCGAUGCACUUGAGAAGAACCGGUCCGGUUCACAGAAGCCAUUUCUAGAACAAAGUAAUGCCUCUAAACCGGUGGAUGAAGAUCUCUACCAAAUCCCCCCGGAGCUCCUCCGCAGUGGAAACCGAAAGAAAUUUUUUGGAUUCUUUUCAAGAUGCCUUGCUCCUCGGGUGGCAUGAAUUUCACCAAAAUGCAACAAAGAUACAAUUAUACAUAUACAUAUACAUAUACAUACACACACACACACUAUCUAUAGGAAUACUAUUCUUUCUUUCCAAUUAUGUGCUAUGCUUGUAUGAAGAGUUCAUGAUCUUUUGUUUUAGUGUCAAGUUUAGUGAUAGAAUUUUGAAUGGAAUAUAGGUAACUAAAACUA